CAGACCAAUGGUUAUGAGGAAGACAUGUAUGGAUCAUCCCAGAGUAGAAAAUCUAGCAGGGCUUCGUACUACUCUGAUCUGGGUCUUCACAGCAGCGGCUAUACUUCCACGUCUCAACCUUCUUCCCAAAAUGGAAACUGGGCGUCUGUGUGUGACGAGAGCGUUUACAGUGGGAGCCGUCGGUAUAGUGCCUCUAGUUCUCGUGCUCCUUCCGAGUACAGCUGCUACCUUGGUUCAGGAUCUCGGGCAUCCUCAAGAGCCAGCUCUGCUCGGGCCAGUCCGGUGAUUGAGGAAAGGCCAGAAAAAGACUUUGAGAAGGGAGCACGUACUGUUUCAAGUUUAUCAGCAGCUACCUUAGCUUCUCUGGGUGGGACUUCUUCACGAAGAGGCAGUGGGGAUACAUCUAUCUCAGCUGAUACAGAGGCAUCUAUUAGAGAAAUCAAGGAUAUCUAUGAGUUAAAGGACCAGAUUCAGGAUGUAGAAGGCAAAUACAUGCAGGGACUGAAAGAAAUGAAGGACUCUCUAGCUGAAGUUGAAGAGAAAUAUAAAAAGGCUAUGGUGUCAAAUGCUCAACUAGACAAUGAAAAAACAAAUUUCAUGUACCAAGUAGAUACGCUGAAGGAUGCUCUCUUAGAGUUAGAAGAACAGCUAGCAGAAUCCAGGCGGCAAUAUGAAGAAAAAAGUAAAGAAUUUGAGAGGGAGAAGCAUGCUCAUAGCAUAUUGCAGUUUCAGUUCAUGGAAAUCAAAGAAGCUUUGAAGCAAAGAGAAGAAAUGCUUGCAGAAAUCCAGCAACUGCAACAGAAACAGCAGAGCUAUGUCAGGGAAAUUUCUGAUCUUCAGGAGACAAUAGAGUGGAAAGACAAAAAAAUAGGGGCAUUAGAGAGGCAGAAAGAUUUCUUUGAUUCCAUAAGGAGUGAGCGGGAUGACCUUAGAGAUGAAGUGGUUGUGCUGAAGGAGCAACUGAAGAAACACGGAAUAAUCCCAGACUCUGACAUAGCCACCAACGGAGAGACAUCAGACAUUCUUGAUAACGAAGGACACUUGGAUUCUUCCAAAAAUGUUCCGGGCACAACUCAGGCAUUAAAGACAGGAGGGGAUGGGAUGCUAGACAGGCUGAAAAAACUCAUUGAUGAACGAGAAUCCUUACUAGACCAGGUUAAAAAAUUAAAGGGCCAACUGGAAGAAAAGCAAAAGAAUGGCAAGAUGGAAAAUAGACAGCCAGAAGAUGAAGUUCUAGAAAACGGGACAGAUAUGCACAUGAUUGACCUCCAAAGAGAUGCCAACAGACAGAUCAGUGAUCUCAAAUUUAAACUAGCAAAGUCCGAGCAAGAGAUAACAGCGUUGGAGCAGAAUGUGAUACGAUUGGAAGGUCAGGUAGCCCGCUACAAAACUGCUGCUGAGAACGCUGAAAGAGUAGAAGAUGAACUGAAAGCAGAGAAACGCAAACUCCAGAGAGAGCUUCGUUCAGCACUGGAUAAAACCGAGGAGCUUGAAGUCAGCAAUGGUCAUCUAGUAAAACGCUUGGAAAAAAUGAAAGCCAACCGGAGUGCUUUGCUGUCCCAGCAGUAACCACCACCUUUUGAUGGAAGCUACUACUACUUGACAGAAUCGGAACACCACUGCAGAUGCUUCUGCCUCCUGCUGCCUGGGAUGCUUUGUGUCAUGCCUUCCGAGAACAGACAACCCCAGCGUUUGCUACGUGCCACCCAGCUGCGGUUCUCUACGCAGAUUCAAACCUGCUGCACUAUAUCCGUAGGAGUAGCUGAUCCAAACGGCUGUGCCCGCGGGGGCUGUGCCCUUCUACACCCUUCUUUGGGUGCAUUUGAAGUACAAUAUCCGUCUACCGUGUAAGAAGCACAUUGGGCAUCGCGAUAAGUUCUCCAUCCAGAAGGCACAGCAGCCAUUUAUUGCCAUUUAAAAUGGCUUUCAAAGAAAACACUUUAACUGGACUGGAAUUUUGUGUCUCGCUGAAAAUUGAAUAAAAAACACUGUAAGUUUUGGACUUUCUCAUGACAGUAUCUGUAAUUUAGUGACUACAGUAGAGUUAUUCGUAGUAGGUUUUUCAUUUACAAAUCACUGUGGAACCACAAGCCAUUACAAAGCAAAACUCCUUCAGUGGAAACCAUGGAAGAA